GGGGAUGCUGGGGUGUCAGAGAUGACGGGCAGCAACAUGGCCAAUGCCUUGGCAAAUGCCUCGUGCGAACGGUGUAAAAGUGGAUUUGCCCCAGCAGAGAAGAUUGUCAACAGCAACGGCGAGCUGUAUCACGAACAGUGCUUCGUCUGUGCACAGUGCUUCCAGCAGUUUCCUGAAGGGCUCUUUUAUGAGUUUGAGGGAAGGAAAUACUGUGAGCAUGAUUUCCAGAUGUUGUUUGCUCCUUGUUGUCACCAGUGUGGAGAGUUUAUAAUUGGGCGUGUGAUUAAGGCCAUGAAUAACAGCUGGCACCCUGACUGUUUCUGCUGUGAUAUCUGCCAAGCCGUGCUCGCCGAUGUUGGAUUCGUCAAGAACGCCGGCCGCCAUCUCUGCCGUCCGUGCCAUAACCGCGAGAAAGCUCGGGGCCUAGGGAAAUACAUCUGUCAGAAGUGUCACGCCAUCAUCGAGGAACAGCCCCUCAUUUUCAAAAACGACCCGUACCAUCCCGACCACUUCAACUGCAGUAACUGCGGCAAGGAACUGACUGCUGAUGCCCGCGAGCUGAAAGGGGAACUCUACUGCCUCCCCUGUCAUGAUAAGAUGGGUGUGCCGAUCUGCGGAGCCUGCAGACGUCCUAUCGAGGGCCGCGUGGUCAACGCCAUGGGCAAACAGUGGCACGUUGAGCAUUUUGUCUGUGCCAAGUGCGAGAAGCCUUUCCUGGGCCACCGUCAUUACGAGAGAAAAGGGCUUGCUUACUGCGAGACUCACUACAACCAGCUCUUUGGCGAUGUUUGUUAUCAUUGCAACCGCGUGAUCGAAGGAGAUGUGGUUUCGGCUCUGAACAAGGCUUGGUGUGUGAAUUGCUUCUCGUGCUCGACCUGUAACACCAAGCUCACCCUCAAGGACAGGUUUGUGGAGGUGGACCUCAAGCCGGUGUGUAAACACUGUUAUGAACGCCUGCCGGAAGAGCUGAAGCGCCGUUUGGCGAAACGUGAACGUGACUCUCGCGAACGGCGAAAGAAAGUCAUCGCCGUCUGAACAAGUUUGUGGAAUUUGACAUGAAGCCGGUGUGUAAGAAAUGUUACGAGAAGUUUCCUCUGGAGCUGAAGAAGAGACUUAAGAAGCUUGCGGAGACCUUAGGCCGCAAGUAGAUCUCCUUGCCCGUAGGGGGAGUCAAAGGAUAGUCAAUAGUUACAUCUAUGGUGCUUAAAGUACGAACGGAGACCAAACUAAAUCUGGACCACACAUGAUCUUGGCUUAGUCGUAGAAGUGGGUCUUCCAUGGCAGAAAGUAGCCAGCAGAUUUUCUUUGGUCUCACACCAGCAGAUGUUCUUAUGUCUUAACACUCUGCAACCAAAACCAAACAAAUACUUUUACAUCGUUUAAUGAUAUAUAUAUAGAUAUAUAUGUACUUGCAUGUUUAUAAAGAUAAUACUAGUUAUAUUCACACUGUUCGGAGUGAUUAUUCAGCACGUUUGUCACUUCUGUUGCUUCAUCUGCAAUGCCACAGAUGUCGAACCCCUGUCUGUGUCUUCACCGUGGGCCUGGCUUUGAUGUAUUGAUCUGAGAGUUGUAUUUGAUAUUUAAUGUAUGUUUAAGCCUCAUAUUUUUGUGUCAGACGGGGGAUCAGAAGCUAAUGCAUGAUGUAAUGAGCCUGGAGCAGCACAACAAGCUCUAAACCUAGGUUUAUGCUCAACUGAAAGUGCUGAGGCUGUGUAAUCUGCUUCUAAGCUAAACUAUCUUGCUUUAUUAAAGCCUUCGCCAUGUUCUUCGCAGUAUGCAAUGCAUUAGACCACUUAUAUUUCUUCUGAGUGGUUUAUGAACCGUAUUGACUGUCUUGCAUCAUAACAUUCUUGUCUUUUUCAAAGUUUAGUUUUAUGACAUGCCUGCCUUAUCGUUUUGGAGAAAAAUGCCUUUUAUACUCCUCAGAUAUAAUGAAUUCGUGCCUUGUGUAUUAUCUGCAUUGACAGUAAUUAUGAUUUUUUUUUUUUUUUAAUCGACUGAACUUAAACGUGAUUUGAUGGUGUUUGAUUUCAUAACGUAUUAAAGAUAUUUUAAAAAGGAGACCUUUAAGCUCACUACAUUUCUACUUCCAUCAAUUCACAUUAUAUUUUGUUUGACUAUGCAUUCGGUUUUUUUAAAGUAAAAUUAUUAGGCAUUUAAUUUUUAUUAAGUGAAUUUUACGUAUAUUUUUUUUCGCUAUUGCAAAUCUACUUUACGAAUUAAUCAACGUCUGCAUUCACUGAAUGAUGCAUUUAGGCAAAAUAUGUAUUAAUAUGCUUGUUGGCAGCUUUUUAAUAAAAAAAAAAAAAAACUCACUAUGUUCUGUAUGUAAUAUCAAAAUAUAUGAAUAAAGUAUGCACUAUUUCGGAUGUCUUCA